UUCGCUGUGUUGAAUUGACAGGUGUCUGCGCUGUUUCCGCUGUUUGUUGCGGGUUCGCAGUUCCUGCGGAGCUUCGGACUCAACACAACUCGACUUUUAUCAAACAGGAGCAGAAAAAAACAGAAGCUAAAAGUCCAGAAAAAAAGAAGAAAAGGAUAAAGUUGAACCGGAACCGAGGGCAGGUGUUUAUUUUUCCACUUUUAACGGAGACAAAACCAACCGAUUUUCCUCUGGAGACGUUUGAGACGACGAAGACAAACAUGUCUCUGUUUUUCUCGGGCGCUGUUACCAGUUCUCCGAUAAAACGCCGUCUGAGGAGCAGUCUGGGCUGUCAGAGUCUGGACGUGUCUCUCCUGUCUCCGGACUCGUCCUACGUCUGUUACUCGUCUCUGGACGGCACCGAUCCGUGCAGCUGCCGCCGCUCACCUCGUCUCCUCACCAACGGUUACUAUGACGUCACCGACGACAGCUUCGCCUGGGAUGACGACGGGAACGUGUCACUGACGCCCUGUAAGACCAGCGUGUCCUACAAGGAGAACCUGGUUCGGGUUUUUCGGCGGCGGCGGCGUCCUCGCAGUUCGCUGGUUCGUCUUCUGAGCGGUGUGACGGAAACCUGCCAGUCGUGGCUCGAUGAGAACGUCUUUAGAGGAGUCUUCAGAGCCGCUCAGAACCAGGACCAGGAGGUGGACGAGAGCCAGGACAGAGACCAGGACCACCGCCCUGACUGGACCAGGACCAGUCUGGACGAAUCCUUCUGGUCUGGGAUCAGCAGCACCGAGGUGGACGACGGCCGCAGCUUCACCUACGACCCCACCGAAGUCCCGCCCCCUCCCAACAAAGAGGCUCCGCCCCCUAAGAUGCUGAUCCAAGAGGAGAUCUGCUCUGAGAUCUGUCAAUCACAGGAGCGCUUCACCCAAUCACUGCCCGGCCUGUCCGAAGUCCCGCCCCCCUCCGUCUUCUACACCAAUAGCUGCUGCUGUCAGGCCUCACCUGAGCCCACAGGGUUCACGAUGAAGACGCUCCUCCUCUUCAUCUUCUCCGUCUUCAUCUUUACAGCUCUGUACUCAGGAUGUUUGUGGCGGGGCGUUGCUGUGGCGACCACAGUUUUCGUUAUCAUCUCAACCUUCAUGUUAAUGUCCAAGUCAGGGCCGAUGGGCGAAUGGCGGCGGGCGAAGACCGAGGACAUCACAUCCAGGAACGAGUAGACGAGGAGGAGGACGUGGGGCAAAGACGAAAACAAAUGGCAUGCUGGGAAUUGAGUGGAUGCUGCGUGCAUUUUGGAGGAGCAGGUAGUCUGAGCUCCGGAUGCAUUUUCACUGCAAACAUCAACACAGUUCGUUCCAAAAAAAGGAAAAUAAACCGUGAUGUCCAAGUUUAAACGGGAACAGGAAAGUCCGAUCCAGACCAACGCAGCAGGAUCUGUGUGGAACCACUGACAAACGGGGUUUUACCGGCAACACGUGGGUUUACCGGGUUUAAUGAGGUCAAAUGCUGAGCGGAGCUCACAGACAGGAGUUUAUGCAGCUACGAAAACAGGAAUAACCUUCAGAUCAAACCUCAUGGAUUUGAAUGUGUGUGUGUUCUUUAUCGUUGGCAGUCAAACUUGGCUUUUUUGGGUUUGUCCAAAGUGACCAAACACCAGAUAUUAAAAAAAACAACAACAACAUACUUAUAUAUAUGGAGAACCAAAAUAUAUAUAUCUAGAGAGAGAGAUAAGUCAAUAAAUCCAGCAGCGAGCGUUGCCAUUUCAAAAUAAAAGCUCAUCUGUUUCAAAAUGAGAGCUUUGACCAAAUGCACAAAAAGUGGAAGUGUCAGAUUUAAGUGAAUGACGAGUUUGAGUCCAAAACAAGCAACAAUAACGCACAAAAAGUGGACGUUUUUAAAGCUGCGCUGGGUUUAAGCACAACAACCGGACUUCUGAUCAUUGAUCCCGUAUGGAUAUUUUAAACUACUCCCUUUUUCUGGAGUAUUUCAGUCAUUCUCAGAUAAAUAAUGAUGUAAAUCGUAGUAGGAUUCCUCUAACCUGCUGCAU